CGGAGUUCAUUUUCAUCUGCGCUCACCGUUUUCUCAUUCGCAGGUAAAUACGGCAACGUGCCGCAUUCUUCACGGCGACGGCGCACCCAGGCCCCAGCGGGGAGCGAAACAGAGCGCGGGCAGCUCUAAUGGGCGAGCACGGCUAUGGGGAAGAGAAGAGGGGGAGGAAUAAAGGAUAGCAGAGUAAGGGAGGGGAGGGGAGGAGAGGAUAGGAAACAAAGAGAAGCAGAACUAAUGAGUGGAUGAGUGAGACAGAGUAGUAAAAGCACAAAGGGAGAGAGAGGUCAUAAACACAGACAGAUAGAGAGACGGGCAAGAAGGCUGACAGAGGAUCUCUUCCUGGCCCCUGGAGAUAUGAGCUCGGUCUCUCUUCGCGCUCAGCAGGAUGCAUGCGACCGCAGCCGAAACACACACCUGCGCAGAUGCUGAAACACACAUAUCCGGAGCCGCGGGGUUGCCGGUCCUACGUCUGAGGUAGCCCCCUGCUGGGGGACCUGGCAGUAAUGGCGUGGGCAGCACUGCGCUGGGUGGUUCUGAUGGCCUUCAUCGCGCUGACCAUCGGUGGCAAUGCGCUGGUGUGUCUGGCGGUGGCGAGCAGCCGUCGCCUGCGUCGCCUGAGCAGCUGCUUCGUGGUAUCGCUCGCCGUCACCGACCUGCUGCUGGCCCUGCUGGUGCUGCCGCUGGCCGCCACCCUGGAGCUGCGUGACGGUCGCUGGCCACUGGGGGGCACCCUCUGCAGCGUCUACCUCUCCGUGGACGUGACACUUUGCGCCGCUUCAAUUUUCACCCUGCUGGCCAUCAGCGUGGACCGCUACCUGGCCAUCUCGGCGCCGCUCAACUACACGGAGCGAGUCACCCCCCGACGGGUGCUGGCCGCCCUCGGCGCCAUCUGGACCCUCUCCCUCACUUUGGCCUUCGCCCCCGUCCACCUGGGCUGGAACACGGCCAAUUUCAGCGUGCCGAACAUGGACCGGGAGGUGGGCGAGGAGGCCGGGGAGGGCAGGACCUGCCGCUACGAGUGGAACAAUGACUACGUGGUGCUGGUCGCGUUUGGCACUUAUUUCCUCCCCCUGCUGGUUAUGUGUGGCAUGUACCACCGAAUUUUCUGCACGGCACGUGAACAGGUGCGUCGCAUCCGCGCGGCCACGCCCUCCUUCGCCCGCUCGGCGUCGGCGGUCGCCACGGCGAGGGAGCACAAGGCGACGGUGACGCUGGCUGCCGUGCUGGGCGCCUUCCUGGUCUGCUGGCUGCCGUACUUCAUCUACUUCACCUGCAUGGGACUGCGUCGCGAAACGCACCCGCCGCUCCUCGCGCACUCCGUCGUGCUCUGGCUGGGUUACUUCAACUCCGCUGUGAACCCCAUCCUCUACCCGGCGCUCAACCGGGACUUCCGGCAGGCCUACAGGCAGCUGCUCCGCUGCAGAGUCGCCCGGAAGCGGCUGCCGGCCUCACCGAGGGUCCUGGUGCGGGAGAGGGGCGCCGUUUCUCAUGGGUGUCAGAGGAAGCACAGCCGGAGCGAGCCAUCAGCCAUCAACCCACGAGAGACGAUGGACGAAUCAAGUCCGGAACACACCAGUCCAUGUCUGGCUGGGAAGUCUGAGAUGCAAGCUUAGAAAUCCUUUCCUAAAAGCAGUGUGAUUCAACCAAUCUGUUGACCUCUGACAUAAAGCCCUUAAACAAACAUGCUGAGAUUAGGUUGGCACCUACACACCACUUUCCACCGAGGUCUAAUUUAACAGAGGUACCUCAAUGAUCUAAGACUGAAUGUAAAAAGAUUAUAUGUUAAUGUAACAGUAGUGUUACACAUGAAAAGACUGUAUGUACUUCAACAUAUUUAAUAAUUAAUCAGUUUUAUGUGGUUGUUCAGCAUAUUGAACACUAUGAAUUAACGCUGUAAAUUAUGUACAAUACUUCACUUUUAACAUUGGUUUUUUGUUUUUUUUUUUCCAUAUCGCCAUUUAUUUUUCAUGAGCCAAAAUUAGACAAAUCAUUCCACAUAAAUGACUACGUUUUAAGGUGCUGUGCAGAUAGUGAGUUUUGCCAUUCAGAUUUUCACAUAUCAGCUGAUGUAAACGGUUUGAUAGCCAUUCAGGCCUCUUGUCUUCUACCCUGUAUUAGGUGCAUGAAACAGGAUGGCAAUUUCUCAGUGUGUUAAAUUGUGCUGUUUGGGGGGGGUAUUCUCUUUGCUAAGAUGUUGUAAAAACCAAACAUGUCAAUGGAAAUAACAUUAUUAACAGUCAGCUAAUCUGAGCUUGACACCUCUGUCAGUGUUCACCUGUUCAAUUGUUCAUGCUGUUCUUGUUCCUCCAUUUCUUUAAUAAAUGAUUUGGGAGAAACACUGUGUCUAAUAUUACAGUGCUUUGCACAUCACAGUUUAGUAAGAGAAUCAAAGGAAAAGACAACAUUGAAAAACUGGGAAAACCGAGAGUAAUGGUAGGAGCUGCAUCCUGCCUCCUUGUGGACAUGUGUAGUAUUGCAUAGUUAUGAGACUAUUAAUUACCAUAUCUGAAUAUUAUGGGAAAGUGAUGAACAAACAUAAAUGAAUUCAGUAGAUUUUCCUUCACCAAUACAUUUUGAAAAUCAAUUCAAACAAU